CCAACAAGGUGGGGAGACCAUCGAUGAGGGAGAAGUAGUGGAUUAGAGGACGUGGGGGAGUUGGGGAGCUGAACCUGGGUCUCGUGAGGGUAUAGCAGCCACCACCCUCUCCAUUGGACCACCGAUAGCGACAGUGAACACCCGGCUUCCAAGUCUGUGCACACCAGCAAGUUUGGUUUAUGUUUGUCGUGGUGGGUCCUUGCGCCCAGCACUGUGGCCUGCCUGCAGCUUACCACUUACACCCUAGCCUGACAACUUUUUCUCAUUAUAUCCUCAGCUGCGCUUAUUGCCACGCUGAGUGUUUUGAGCAACAGAGGAAGUGUCUCUUCACAGCCUGCAGCGGCAUGGCGUCUGUGCCGCAGACGCUACACAUAACCAAAACGCAGAGACAACAGCAGCGGCGGGGAGCCGGCCUCAACACAGCUCACGAGUGCUACUUUGAUAACGCAGAAUUGGAACAACCAAUGCGGUACAGCAGUAAGCUGAUGAACAGCAUCUGGGGUCAGUACAACAAGAACUCCGUCCACAACUUCAAGUCUCUUCAGUGCGGAGGUGUAGCGGCCCCCGACACCCAGGAGGUCCAGCUGCAGCAGGCGCCUCCCACCACCAGGGAGGUGUUACAGCAGCGACUGGAAGAACUGGGUAAAGCGGUGGCCACCAAUUAUAUGGACAACCUGCAUCAGUACUAGCAGUGCCAAGCCGCCAUUCUGCCACCACAACCAACACCACUACUAGUGCUAUUACCACCAAUAUGAUAACACCACAGGCCUGUCCCAUCCCUUCACCUCCCCACUCGCUUUGUUGCUCCCUGCAACUUUAAUAGAUUAAUUACUGACUAGCCAUCUACAUCAACCUAUUAGUUUAACGUCAUUUGCUGCAACUGGAUAUUUUAUCCAAUGUGCGUGCCAACUCUAGCAUCCCAGAACUACAUCAUCAUAUACUGAAGUACGAAAAAGCACAAAAAAUUCAAUUCCUCGCUAAGAUGCGGCUCACUGGUAUGCGCACCGUUACCUUAAUGAUAAAAUAAUUCAUGUAAUUACAGCACCAGAACUAAAGUUGUAGGGAACCAACAAAGGCAGGUCAUGUACAUACGAGCAGCUAACUUAUAUUGGUUCAGACCUCACACUCUGUACUAUGAUGCCCAGCUUUCAAAAAAGGAAGACCACAUACAACAAAUACUAUUACACAGGCGACCAGUACUGUCAAUUAGUAACUCUUUUGUAGCAAAAAAAAAAAAAAUCUCUGCACAAAAAUGCACCCAUCACAUUACUUCUUAAUUCUGUUAGUUUCAAGAGUAAUGGAAUUUGUUGAUGAUAAUGAGAGAUUUGGAAUGGGCGGAGGCGAACUGUUACAGAGUUGUCGUUCAUAUUAUGGGUAUUCUGCUCGAGGUGGUCAAACUGCCUGCAGUGUGGCCACAACUAGGGAUGUACAGGAGGAACCUAGGACCAAAACUUAUCGUGACACUCAUAUUACACUAAGAGUCAACCUAACAUCAGUGUAAUCAAACCAAACCAGUGCUUGUCUAGGGUAGAAGCAGUAGGAUCUUCAAGGGAAUUUUAGUGUUGCAUUCUACAGGAGGUAGUAGGUAAACAUUGUUUGCUGAGACUCUCGUACAGUGGUGUCCUGAUAAUGUCUUGUUCCCAGCGCUCUCCUCGCGGCAACGGCUCAGCUAACCAGCUGAUGUAGAGAUCAUAAAAAUAAAAAUGUAAA